CUUUCACCCCGGGCUGUCAGGACCCCAGCGCAGCGCUGAGCCGGCCACAGGCAUGAGGGGGUCCCGGCCGAGAUGACAGUGCUGGCGCCAGCCAGGAGUCCAUUGCUGCUGCUGCUGCUGCUGCUGCUGUUGCUGAACCCCUGCCUCCACGGGACCCCCGACUGUGCCUUCACCCACAGCCCCAUCACCUCUGACUUCCAAGUCAAAAUCCAGCAGCUGUCUGACUACCUGCUUCAAGAUUACCCCGUCACAGUGGCCUCAAACCUGCAGGACGAGGAGCUGUGCCCAGCUCUGUGGCGGCUGCUCCUGGCCCAGCGCUGGAUGGAGCGCCUCAAGGCGGUGGCCGGGGCUCAUCUGCUCAGCCUCCUGGAGACGGUCAACACGGAGAUCCAUUUCGUCACCACAUGCCCCUUCCAGCCCCUCCCCAGCUGUCUCCGCUUCGUCCAGACCAACAUCUCGCACCUCCUGCAGGACACCUCCCGGCAGCUGGUGGCCCUGAAGCCCUGGAUCACCCGCCGCGAUUUCUCUGGGUGCCUGGAGGUGCAGUGCCAGCCCGACCCCUCCACCCAGCCACCCCCAACUCCCGGGGCCCUGGAGGGGACAGCACUGCCCCCCUCUCAGCCUUCCUUGCUGCUGCUCUUGCUGCUGCUGCCCGCUGCCCUCCUGUUGCUGCUGGCCACUGCCUGGUUCCUGCACUGGCAAAGGCCCAGAGGGGCCCCACCACGUGCCAGGGAGCAGGUGCCCCCCGCCUCCCACCCUCAGGACACACUGCUGGAGGAACGAUGACCAGGCUACAGCCUCAUCUUGGCAAAAGCACGGGGGCCCAGCAAGAGGAGAAACCUGCCAGAGGACCCACUGCCAGGACACAAAGGAAGCUGGCUGCAGGCUGGUCCUUUCCUGGGCUGGGAUGCCCACACUGGCUACCUCCCCAACAUGGACAAAAUGUCAGGAUCCAGUCCUCACCCUCCUUCUCCACCUCUGUACAAAGGCCUUAUCUCAAUGAACUUGUAUAUAAAUCAUUCUUUUCUGCCA